CAAUCAUCAGAUAUAAAAAGAAGGAGUGGCAAGUAUCUUCCACACACAUAAAAACUUUUCUCAACACAAGAACUCAUUCAGCUUUUAAAACACACCUGAGCAAUGGCAGAGGAACUUUUCAAAGUGAGGUCAGACUUUGCGGCUAACAUGAGCAGGGCAGUAAUGGAAAAUAUUCUGGACGAUCUUUUGACCAACAAAGUCCUGAGCGACGGGGAACAUGAAGCCCUUCUUGAGGGGAACCCAACCAGAAGAAACAUGGCUCGUAAUCUGAUUGACAUGGUGAGGGGCAAAAGUGAUGAUGCAAGCUGGAAGAUGAUGGAUUACCUUAAAAAACAUGACCCGGAGUUUUUUAAGAAAUUGGGCCUCCCCACUCAGUCAUUUAAAGGGGCAGCUGGGGUGCAAAAUUCCAGGACUUGGAAAAAGAACGAUGAAAAGAUUUACCCCGUGACUCCAGAGUCCAUGAAGAGUCGCGUGGCUCUGCUUAUCACCAAUAUAACAUUUAGGGGUGACCUGACAAACCUUAAAGGGGGUGUGAGAGACGAGCAGAACAUGGAGAGGCUGUUGCAGACUUUUGGUUAUGAAGUCGUCAAAUACAGAGACUGCACAGCAAAGCAAAUAGAUAAGGCCGUGCGGGACUUCUCCAAGCAUCCCAAACUCAAAGACACUGACAGCGUGUUUGUGGUGAUGAUGUCUCAUGGGAAACGGGGACAUGUUGGCGGUGUCAACUGGAGCUACAGGCAAUUAGUGAAGGGGGCCACCGAGGAAGAAGAUGUCUUCCUCAUUGAUAACAUUUUCAAGCACCUGGCCUCCGACAAGGGCAAAGCACUGGAGAAUAAACCCAAGAUCGUCAUCAUCCAAGCCUGCAGAGGAGGUGAGAACGGGACGGUGUUCAUCAGGGAUGGUGCGCAGAAAGAUCUGGUGUGUGACAACGCCUCAGCGAGUGACGACAACGGGCUGCGAUACAUGCACAAAGAGAAAGACUUCAUCGCCUUUCUCUCCUGCACCCCUGAUACGGUGUCAUACACAAACCCGGAGACGGGUUCAGUCUUUUUUGGGCAUCUUGUUGAUGUGCUGAACAAUCAUGCACGUGAGGAACACAUCGAGGAGCUGUUCAAAAUGGUCACGCAACGCUUUGAAGAGUCUGACUUAAAGUACGGACAGAUGCCAAAUAGAGACAGAGUGUCUCUGACAAAGAACUUCUACUUGUUCCCAGGCAACUGAAAUCCGUUUGUUUGGUUAAGAAAAAGCCCUUCUUGAAUAUCGUCUUCAAUAGAAACUCCCAUUGUAAUCCUCUCACGCCGUAUUAUUACAUUGACACAACGGUGGUGGUCUUGGUGCUCUUAUCCAACCCUUUGUAUUUAGACUGUGUGUCCCAUAUCAUGGUAUGUCACAUUCAUAGGGCAUGAACUUGCAAAAUAAACAUUUUACUAUCAAAGUGUUGUCGUUUCCAUUAAAAUAAUA